ACAAACAAACAAACAAAAAACCCGACAUCAUCAUGAAGUACAACCCCUGGCUGUACACAGCAUCACCCAAAAUUCAAGAACUAUGUCUGGGAGUGUUGUCCAAACAGCCCCUGAACUCCGGCAGCUCAGGGCUGUGCGCACUGCCCUGGGCAGUCUGUUCUGUGCCCACCGCCCUCUCGUUCACAAUGCGUUCCUGAUGUCACGCCUGACCCCCCAGCACCCCUCCUUGCUGCUCCCUCGUUUCCUGACAAUACUGUACUCAAUAUCCAAGGUGCUUCUGCUAUCAAGGAACAGAACACUUAUUGUAACACUGUUCUCCAUAUGCUUAGGCACAGCAGAAAAGAACGGAUGUGGCAGCAGCGCUUUUCUUCUUACAUGCACUACCACCCCUCGAUGUUGAGCAGCUGCGAUUACAACAGUGAGAGUCUGUAAGCCACCCAGAGCUCCUGACACCGAACUAACGAACGUCGCAGACGACAGCAGACAGCCAUCGGCACUGACGGGAGAGUCAGCGCCCGGCUAUGGGCGAGCCCAUCCGUGGGGGAGGUCGGCGCCUGGCAGAGCAUCUUUCGGCUCGAAAAAUGGGGCACUCCUGCUGCGCUCCCCUCCGCGUGGUAGUGCCCAGGACGAGGAGGAGACAAGAGCCUGGGGCCGCCGCGGCGUCGAGCGGUUGGACGGUGGACGCAGGUGGCGAUGCGGGGCCGGUGUGCGGCCGCCAUGAGGCACCUGCCGUACUUUUGCCGUGGGGAGGUGGUGAAGGGCUUCGGCAGGGGCUCCAAAGAGCUGGGCGUGCCCACCGCUAACUUUUCUGAGCAAGUAGUCGAAAGCUUUCCAUCCGAUAUCCCUACUGGUAUAUACUAUGGAUGGGCCUCUGUUGGAAAUGGAGAUGUUCAUAAAAUGGUUUUGAGCAUAGGAUGGAAUCCUUUCUAUAAGAAUAUUAAGAAAUCAGUGGAAACACACAUUAUCAACACGUUCAAGGAAGACUUCUAUGGAGAAAUUCUUAGUGUAGUCAUUACUGGAUAUAUUCGAUCGGAAAAAAACUUUAAUUCUUUAGAGACGCUCAUUUCAGCAAUCCGGGAAGACAUUGAAGAGGCAAAAAGACAACUAGAUUUACCAGAGCACCUUAAACUCAAAGACAACUUCUUUCAUCUACCAGAAGGAAAAAAACACUGAGCAAAAAACCUUUUUUUUUGCCUUGCUAUGGACUCUUCUUGGCUUAGUUACAUAUUAUAUACCAUUUGAUACAACAUAGACUUGUGUAGUGGAAUCGACUUAAUUCUUUUCACAGCAGCUUGUAUGGUGCUGUGUUUUAGAUUUGUGACCUAACAUCCUAACGCUUUAUCUGUACCCCAACAGUGUUUGCACAGUGUCAAAGCCUUUUCUAUUUCUUACUCUGACUCCAGUGUAUCCACUGGGGCUUUGAAAGAGGUCAGGAGGGGACACAGCCAUGCAGGUGAUAUGACUAACUAAACUAACUAACUAAAGAAAACUAAGUAAAUAUAGUGUCAUGCUCUGCAAUAAAACGGAAGGAGAGUGGUUCAGAUAGGUUAGCCAUCUUCACUUGGGUAACAGCUGAGCUUUGGUCUACCCAUGCAAGAUGGUGAGCAACAACAGACGUUUUUCUUUUUACACUUCUUUGCUUGUUAAAUUAUCUUGACCUGUGAGUUUUCCUGCUUUUCCUUUCCUCUUUCCUUUCCCACUGGGAGUAAGUAGAACUGAGUGAGCAGUGCUUAGCUGCCUACCAGUGUUAACCAUUACUGCCUGUUUGUGUGUCUGUGAUUGGAACUGAAUGCUGAAGCCACACAAUGUGAUUUACGUUUUCUUGUGUUGAUUGGCCAUGAAACAAGUCAAGCAAAAGGAGGAGAAAGCUAUUUUAGGUCCUUAUAGAUAAAUUACAGAUCCGUAUUGUACUAAUUAUUAUAGAGAUUUUAACACAUGUGGAACAUGACCAAAGUUAAUUCUGACCACUGCUUGCCCCGAGGUGUGGACAGUUAAAACAUAAAUGAAGAUUUUCAGUUUUUCACAGACAGAAUUUCAUUCUAAACUGAUUUCCCAGUUUUAUGCCAUCACGUCUGACAUAUCUAGCAGCUUAGAAUGAGUCAAAAGUUGACUUAUGCAUGAAGCCAAAGAUUGGAUAACAGUAUCAAGAAUAAUUCACUGUAGUUCUUAAUUAUGAUUGUGAUUAUUUAUUAGCCUUGAUUGAAAUUAAGGAAGGCUCUGUUACUUACUGAAUUACUGGAAUAGGAAUACUUCUGCCUAGUUGACUGUACAUACAACAAUGUGUAAUGCAAACAGCUUCCUUCUGAUGAAAUGUUUCUCUAAAGUUCAGGAAAUGAAUGAUGUGGAGAAAGCUAAUGUAUGUCAAAGUUUUAGGCUCAAAGAAUAGUGAACAAGUCUUAGCAAUGUUUCUAAGGCAGAGAAGGUAACCAAAACAAAUUUGCAUUUCAGCUGCUUCUGGCAGCUGCCUUAGAUAAGGAGAAAUUUUGGAUUAAUCAUUAUACUGACAGUGAAAUGACUUAUUAAAUGUUGAAUUCAGAAUGUAAAGCACAAAAGUAUCUUCAUCUGCACAAAGUACAAGCAUAAUCCAGACUUUUCACUGUAGAUCAGUGGAAGUCUUCAGAAACUUUUAGAAUAAUGUAUCUUUAGUAAGUACUGAGUUUUUUAUAUAAAAGUUGCCUUUUCUGUGGCCUUCUCUAGUCUGAAAUGUUUACACAGGUAAGUGAAGGAUGUGCUGUCAAUUCAUUAUAUUUUGAGAAAGAUUUGUUAAAGUAUAAAUACAGGUGGUAGUGCACACUGUAAACUUGGAAGCCUGUGCUUAUAAAUCUAUUCCCCCUGCUCUGUGACAAAAUUUUCUGACUUUCCUUCUUCAUUUUUUUUUUUUUUUUUAUUUCACUCUAGCAGUUUAGAGAGCUUGGACAAAAAAACUUCAUGAGAAUUUCUUGCGGCAGGCAAUAUCAGCAUGCCAGGAGUUUAGUUCAACUCCUUCUAUUUUAGCUUCAGGCUGUUACCAUGGCAUACUUUUGGAAAAGACACUGAACAAGUCAAGGAAUCUUUAUUGCUGCUUAGGACUUUAGCAGAACUGAAAGGAAUUGCUCAUCAUUGCUGUUGAUGGCAAGAAAGUGGAGAUACAGUUGUUGAGAGAGGAAAGAGUGAUUUAUAUUUCUAAAUAAGAACUUUCUGCACUAAACUAUGUUUUGGCCUGCAUUGCUAAGGUUGUUUACAGAUUUAACUCUCCAAAGACACUGACAGUUUUUCUUGUCUCUUAUCUGGAUAUUUUCAGCACGCUUUAAUCUUCUUAGUAAGAAAACAUUUUUAAAAAAUUAUUUGCUGUGUGAAGUAAAAAACAAACAAACAAAACAAAACAAGAGUUUAAUAGACUUUACUGGAUUGCAUAUUGGAAAUGCAUGAGAACUAUCUUGAAAGUAGUAGCUCUUUUUUUUUCCUCUCUAAAAUAGAGAGGUGAUGAGGGGAUAUUUUCACUUUUUUUUUUUUUUUUUUUUUUUUUUUUUUUUUUUCCCAGUGGGAUGCAUUCUUGAGUUUGUAACAAUGCCAAGUUCUUAUUUCAUAUUUUAUUCUUCUGGAGGAACUAUAAAAGCCAUUCUUGUCAGUGAAGUAUGUUUUAAAGAAAGUGUAUGAAGAACAAAUCUUUAUUCAUUGUAGCAUUAUGC